AUGCUCCCCAACUACAACAACCACUGGCAAGAAGCCAGAAAUAGAAACACUAAUCGUCAACCAAACCAAUAUCACGUACCCUACAACGGCCCUGUCUUCCAUCGACCUCUACCACCUACCAAUCGCCGACCACCAACCAACCCAUCCAGCUAUACCCCACCCCAUCGCCGACCUACCUACAACACAGCCUACCAAUCAAGAGGUAACCAUCGACCUGACCAACAACAGAAACGACUACCAGCCCACCGACGCCAACCAGUCCCCACUCAUAAGGAGGAAGAACCCUUUGUGAAGGUGUUCUUCCAAGGUUUGCAGUGCCUCCAUCAUUUGGCAAUCCUUACCCUUCAACAGCAAGGCCAACCAGCGUUUACCUUCAAACGCAAAGUCUCUGAGUUGGAUAGUUUUAUCUGUCCAGCAAUGAAAACAUCAGCUGUCGACGCAAAUAUUAGAUCCCUCAAUCGGACAUGGCUCUGUAAGGUUACGCAGGUCCUGAUCGACCAUUACCAAACCACACUUCAAGAGAAGCUGACCACCAUUCGUACCAAGUCUUUAUCAUCACCUGCCGUCGACCGCAUCGUUUCUCAUGCCCUGUCCUGGGCCCGUCGCUCCUAUGGGAAACGUCUCACUCAAGCUGUAAUUUCCAAAUUCUACCAAACAAUCAACGAAACAAAAACCAGAGUAACCAUAUCUCUACCAACUGAAAUGGACACAACACCUGCACCAUCUAGAGCUACCACGCUGCCGAACCAAACCCCUAAACGAGCCCGAAGUUCACCUACUCCUAGUCCAGCAGACAUAGCAAUGAAAACAUCAGCUGUCGACGCAAAUAUUAGAUCCCUCAAUCGGACAUGGCUCUGUAAGGUUACGCAGGUCCUGAUCGACCAUUACCAAACCACACUUCAAGAGAAGCUGACCACCAUUCGUACCAAGUCUUUAUCAUCACCUGCCGUCGACCGCAUCGUUUUUCAUGCCCUGUCCUGGGCCCGUCGCUCCUAUGGGAAACGUCUCACUCGAGCUGUAAUUUCCAAAUUCUACCAAACAAUCAACGAAACAAAAACCAGAGUAACCAUAUCUCUACCAACUGAAAUGGACACAACACCUGCACCAUCUAGAGCUACCACGCUGCCGAACCAAACCCCUAAACGAGCCCGAAGUUCACCUACUCAUAGUCCAGCAGACAUAGGUAAACGCUCUCGUAGAGAGGGCACACCCCUUCUCUUUUCACUUUCAGACUCGUCUUCCCCUUCCACACCAUCUGAAUCUUCACCACGUGAUCCAGGAUCCGCCAACCUUUCUUCCUUCUGUGCGUUUUUGGACCAGCAAACCACCCCUCAGUCUCCAUCCAAGUCGAGACGUGUAUCCAGACCUUCCCCUCCUCGAACCAGAUCCCAGUCCGUUCCCAAUGCUACAAUUCUAACAACUACCAAACCAGUACCAAUCACACCGUCGACGACCAUUAUAUCCGCUACCAAACCGUAUUAUCACCAAACCAAGGACAAAUCAUUAUGGAAACUACCUGCUCUAAUGAAAUCAACCAUAAUAAUUGGAUCAUCUAACCUGAAUCGAAUUACCAAAACCAGUUCAGACACCGAAAUACAUUCUUACCCCGGUGCCCAAAUCCAUCACAUACAGUCAAUCCUGGAAUCAUACGACCAUGAUCCCAAACCUACUACCAUUAUUCUUCAUAUCAGAAUAAGAACAGAAGAAAACCCAAUAUCAAGACCCUUAAUCCUAAUUUCUAAAUAA